AUCUACUGUAUGUAAUAUCAUUAAAAGAUUCAGAGAAUAUGGAGAAAUAUGUGUAUGCAAGGGACAAGGUAAAAACCAAUACAGGAUGGCCAGGAUCUUCGAGCCCUUAGACAGCAUUGCAUUAAAAACAGACACAAUUCUGUAGUGGAAAUUACUGCGUGGGUUCCGGAACCCUUCCCGAAAACCAUUGACUGUGAACACAGUACAUCGCUGCACCCAGAAAUGAAGUUUGAAACUCUUCCAAGCAAAGAAGAAACCAGACAUAAACAAGAUCCAGAACCGCUGCUACAUUCUCUGGGCCCAAGCUUAUUUAAGGUGGACUGAGGCACAGUGCAAUAGUAUCCUGUGGUCUGACGAAUCAACAUUUGGAAUAAUUUUGUGGAAUCAUGGACGCCGGACUAAAGGAGAGAGGGACCAUCUGGCUUCUUAUCAGCACACAGUUCAAAAGCCAGCAUCAGUGAUGAUAUGGUGUGCAUUAGACUUGCACACCUGUGAAGGCACCAUUAAUCCUUAACAAUAUAUACAGGGCAGUCUAUGAUCACAUGGGUGUCCAUGGGCUAACCAGCUAUGUGGAGGGUAACAGGGGCUUUUUCCAGGAAGUCAAGUUUCGAGACAGCAGGCUGGUGAUAGAUGGCUCUAGUCUGUUUUUCAAGCUCUAUCUAAACAAUGGACUGGACCAGGCACACGGAGGGGACUAUGAUACAUUUGCUGCCCUACUGUCUACGUUCAUCUCUGCUCUGGAGGCCUGCAACGUACAGCCAUUUGUGGUGCUGGACGGAGGCAUGGACCCCAGUGAUAAGAAGCUGUCCACCCUGAGGCAGCGUAUGCAGAGUAAGAUCAGAGAGGCGGAGUCACUGUCUCGGGGCCAACACGGCUCAGUCCUCCCGCUGCUGACCCGACACGUCUUCAUCCAGGUGCUCUCCCAGCGAGGUGUUCCAUUGGUCCAGUGCCCUGCGGAAGCCGACUGGGAGAUUGCCUGCCUGGCCAAUCAAUGGGCAUGUCCCGUUCUUACCAAUGACAGCGACUUUUACAUCUUUGACCUGCCAGGUGGGUACAUUCCCUUUCAGUUCUUUCAGUGGGCCAAUGUUGGCGGCUCCUCUCCAAAUCGCUACAUCUCAGCCAGGCGCUACACGGUCAGUGGGCUUUGCAGGCACUUUGGUGGUAUGAACCGGGAACUCCUGCCGCUAUGUGCCGUGCUGGCAGGGAAUGACUACACCACGGAACACACCAGCAAACACAUAAACACUCUCCUCUCUCAGCUAACGGCGGGAGCCAUGGGUGGAGGCGGGGGAGGAGGGAGCCAGUCUCGCGUUAGGGGCAUCCUCCUCUGGCUCUCGUCCUUCAAUGGACCGGAGGAGGCUUUGGAGGUGCUGGGUAGACUGACAGGAGGAGUAGGAGGGGGGAGAGGAGGGAGGACCGGGCUGUGUGCUGUGCUGCGGUCAGGAAUGCAGGAGUACCAUCUGACCCCUCCGAGCCGUCUUUCCACCUGGUUCUCAGGGGGAUCCUCCAGGUCUCCGCAGGGCCUCUGGGACUCUACUCUGUGCCCUCCACCAGAGUGGCUGUGCUGGGCCGCGGUUAGCGGAGCGAUGGCCCCCCUGGUGCUUGACGUCCUGGGCCUCAAAAGGGUACUGCUUAUCCCUCAGGUGGAGAACAGCAGACAACCCAGCAGCCACUGCUGCGCCACGGCCAUUCGACAGGCCCUUUAUGGGAUCCUACUGGCCAAUCAGGAGGCAGGGAAUAUAAGAGAGGGACAGAUGGGAAGGGAAGAGGGUCACAAUGUCCAGGGACAAGGUGCACAGGGGACCCAAGGAGCGAGAGGGAUGGCAAGAGGAGGGGUGCAGAGGGGGAGGAGGGGAAGGGGCGGAGGUCAGGAUCAGGGAGUGCGUUGGCUGGAUGCAGAGCCUUGCUUUGGCCUGGGUGAGAACAACGGCCCUGGAGGCGUGGAGCGGGACACCGGGCUGCGGGUGGAGGAGUAUGACCGACACGAUCUGAACCUGAGGAAGAACCAAGUGGAGCCACGUGCCCCCAGAACCCUGCUAACCCUGGACACACUCUGCCAGGCUCCUGUGUCAGUGCGUCUGGGGGUACUGUAUGAUGUCCUGGGGGUGAAGGAGUCCUCCCUGGCCCCACUACAUCCCCACCUCAGGCUGGCCCUGGGAGUGACUGGAUUCUGGAGGAGAGAGGCCAGACCUCUUCCCACUCUACCCCAGAUACAGGCUUUGCUGCUGGGUAUUGUUUAUGGUGAGAUGACCCGGAACACCCAGCCUGGACUGAAACAGAAAGCCACAGAAAGAAACAUAUGGGUGAAGAUUCGCCUGCGGCCAGGAAACAGGCGGGGUGUUGAUCUGGGAGUGACGCAUGCUUUCAGCCAAUGGCAAGCUUGCCUGUGGAGUGUGCUCAGUCUGAACCAGCUACUGUGUAUGCCCCUGCCUGAACCAGACACAGCAUGGCUAUUCAGUGGUACUCUGGUCCAUGGAUUGGUUGGGCGUCUAAGAGGGGGUUGUUCUCCUGAGUCUGUCCUGGCUGCAGAUCUUUUCUCUUUGCAACUUUACCGCUCCCUACUGGCGGCUCUGGAGAGCUGCACCUUAAAUAGACUGAACUCCUCAUCAGGGAUGAAAAGAAGUGGUGGCAGGGGGAGGGGGAGAGGGAAGGGCAGAGGAGGAGGGAGAGCUAGAGGAGAGAAAGCUCCUGUCUCCCAGGAGAUAAACAAUAGGUUUGCCCUGCUGAUGGCAGAGGAAGAGGAGGAGGAUGAAGAGUGAGAGAUAAAAAAAGACAGUGGUUGUAGAGGUGAAAACCAAUGCGUCAUACUAAUCAGUGGUGCUCAUAAAUAUACUGUUCCUCUUUUCAUAAAUUUUGAGGGAUAGGAGUGAGUAGCACCAAAAUAUGGCCUGGUAUUAGUUCACUGUUUUAGGCCAGGUUCAUUCCAAAUGAUUGAAAUCCACUCAAGGAAUGCUGUGUCCCAAUGACUGUUUUAAACCCUAUAUGUAAACUAUUAACUAUUCUUUCUCUGCUAAAACUCCAAGCACAUAGUAUGUACCAGCAAAAAAACUUGUGCUCGCCUCCAUAUGUAAAUAUGAAAUAAGGCUGUGAAUAUAAUCAGCUGAAUCUUACACACAAAAUACAAAUAUAAUCCAUAAUAUUGAAAAUAGAAAAAUUGUCAUCAAGACAAUUUCAUUCAAUAUUUUUAUUGGCACCCCUAAUCUUAUUAACAGAAUAUAAUUAAUGUAUAUUCUGAUUAGGAUUUUACUUUUCAAAGUUAAUGUGAGUCUUGCCAAGUGGUCAUACAUGACACAAAUGAUAGAGACAGAAGGUGGUUGAAGUUCACAAAUCAGGCAAUGGCUACAAAACAGCUAAAUGCCUGAAAAAAAUCAAUCUCCACCUAUUAGUGCCAUAAUUAAGAAAUAAAACAACUGGAGCUGUGAUGAACCUGCCUGGAGGAUAUAUUUGUAAAGAACCUGAAUCCCACUGUGAAGUAUGGUGGUGGAUCUGAGAUGUUGUGGGGCUGUUUUACUUCCAAAGACCCAGGACGCCUUGGUAAGAGUCAUGUAAUCAUGUAAUGGGUCAUCAUUUGAUCUUCCACCAUAAUCCAUAAUCAAGAUUUUGUAAUGGCUACAGUCCCCAUCAAAUCCCUUUGAAAACCUAUCGAAUGAUAUGAAGAGGUGUCCACCAGCAAGGACAGAUUUUUUCGCAGUACAUUUUUUCUGUAAAAGCUGCACUAGGUAGGAUUUUCAGCAACAACAAAAAAUAACAUUUACAGCAUUUUUUGAUUACUCACCCGUCAGAAAGCGGCUCUGCACCAACGCCCGAUAGAGAAUGAAGUUACGAAUAAUAAUAUGAAAAUAGACUAUUAGACAUUUAUUUUAAAAGUUUUAACAAUAACUCAAGAGUUUGACAUUAUUCUCAGACUUAAUAACGUUAGCUUAGGGUUCCUGGUCGCUAGCUAUAGAGAGCAAGUCUUUCGCUUCAUUGCAGUUUUUGAAUUGUCAGUUCGUUGCCCUGGUCUCUAGCUGACAAUAUUGUUUCUUACUGUAAGUGAACUUCGCUCCCUAUGGCGUAUUUAUGCUCUAUACAUAUCAUCCAGGUAAAAUGCGAAGGCCCGCCUCGCAGCAGGCGAUUUUCUGGAACGGGAUUGCUGGAACCGAUUUUUCUGGAAAGUAGCGGCACACUCAAAACAUGAAUUGACCUUCCAUUGGCACUGAGCUGUCUGUUGCUAAACAACUCUUAGAGCACCUCAUUAGCUUACACAACAUGUUUAUAGGGGACAAAACAUUAGUUUUUUUACUGAAAAAAUCCAACCUAGUGCAGCUUUGAUAUUUAGCAAGGGUGCCAAUAAUUCUGGAGGCCACUGUAGCUUCAAUACAUUUUUUUAAUAACUUUUUUUUCUAAUAAAAUCUGUAUAUGUAUUGAAUGUGUGUAUAUUGUUUUAUAUAAAUCACUGUCCCAGUUACCAAAUAAAAAUAAAUUUUAAAUUC